AUGCGUUACGGCCCCUCGAAACCCGAUAAUCUCUCUCAUCACAUGCCACACAAGAAAGUCAAGAAACCCACAAACGAAAUUAUACACCAAUUUAACAAUUUCAUUUUUCCACCAAAUUCUUACUUCAAAUCAAACCAGACACUUUGAGAAUUUCGACCACAUACUUGAUUAUGGUGGAAAACGGACAUCAACACCACCCAUCAGUUGCUGCGCCACCGUUGCCCAYCUUCCAACAGCCGCUGGGUGCUGCCAGAGGGCCUGCUUUUCCACCCUCCGAACAGCUUAGCCACCUCAAUUACUGCAUCCAUUCCAAUCCUUCAUGGGUCCAUACUGUUCUGUUGGCAUUCCAACACUACAUUGUGAUGCUGGGAAGUGUUGUUAUGAUCGCCACCAGGCUCGUUCCACAAAUGGGCGGUGAUCAUGGCGAUAAGGCUCGUGUAAUUCAAGCAGUGCUGUUUAUGUCGGGAUUGAAUACCCUUUUUCAAACUYUACUUGGUAGCAGGCUUCCUACGGUCAUGGGACCGUCCUUUGCGUAUCUUUUACCUGUUUUGACAAUUAUAAACGAUUUUGAGGAUGAAGAAUUCUCAUCUGAGCAUGAGAGAUUUCUCCACACUAUGAGGGCUAUUCAAGGAUCCCUGAUAAUAUCUUCCUUUGUCAAUAUGAUUCUUGGAUUUACCAGGGCAUGGGGGGACUUCACAAAGUUAUUCAGCCCUGUUAUUGUCGUUGCAUAUGUUUGUGUAGUCGGUCUUGGCUUAUUUGGAAGGGGCUUUCCUGAGCUAGGCAAAUGUGUGGAGCUAGGUCUGCCUAUGCUUAUAUUUCUGGUUAUCUUUCAACAGUAUUUGAAGCACCUCAAUCAAAGGGCUCAUCCGAUUCUCGAGAGAUUCGCUUUGCUUCUUUGCAUUGCACUUGUGUGGGCUUUUGCUGCUAUCCUCACUGUAGCAGGUGCUUAUAACACCGUUGGUGAGACAACCAAACGUAGUUGCCGAACGGAUCGUUCCUACCUCAUGGAAUCCGCUCCAUGGAUCAAAAUCUCGUACCCAUUUCAAUGGGGUACUCCUAUUUUCAGAGCAAGUCAUGUUUUCGGAAUGAUGGGGGCCGCUCUUGUUUCAACAGUAGAGUCCACGGGAACUUUUAUCGCUGCAUCACGUUUUGCAGGCGCCACACCUCCUCCAGCUCAUGUUUUUAGCCGAAGCAUCGGUCUGCAGGGUAUCGGUCAGUUUCUUGAUGGGAUUUUUGGUUCGAUUGUUGGGACUACUGCAUCUGUAGAAAAUGUUGGACUUUUGGGCUUAACUAAUGUGGGAAGUCGAAGAGUGGUUCAAGUAUCGGCUGCUUUCAUGUUCUUCUUCUCCAUAUUCGGAAAAUUUGGGGCGUUCUUUGCAUCAAUCCCUCUGCCGAUAUUUGCAGCCAUUUACUGUGUACUGUAUGGUCUCGUUGCUGCCRUUGGAAUUACGUUUAUUCAAUUUACAAACACCAACUCCUUGAGAAACAUCUACGUAUUGGGAUUGUCCUUGUUCCUCGGAAUAUCAAUCCCGCAAUAUUUUGUUUCGCGUACUGAUCCCGUCACUGGCCACGGACCUGUUCACUCUGGUGGUGGUUGGUUUGACGAUAUAUUGAACACCAUUUUCUCGUCUCCUCCGACCGUGGCAAUGAUCGUGGGAACUAUACUGGACAACACACUGGAUGCACACAACGCACGGGAGGACAGAGGGGUCCCGUGGUGGGCCCCUUUUCAGCACCGGAAAGGUGACGGUCGAAACGAGGAGUUUUACAAUUUUCCGCUCAGAAUUCACGAGUAUAUGCCAAACAGAUAUCUAUGAUUCGUUAUACUCGCAGUCCGGUUGUAAGUUUUGUUGUAUAUUACCUAUUACCUUUUAUAUGGUCGUUAAUCUUGRAAUUGUGGUGAAAUUUGUAGUUUUAGCCUGGAAAUUUAUAAAUGAAUUUUGAUGGGAUA